AUGCCUCAAACUACAACCUCAUCCGCUACUCCUACAAUAGACUUGAAAAUGAGAGUACGGAAGAUCAAGGCCUCUGAAUUGCCGGUGAGGAAGAGAAGACGGGUCUCUUCCGAGCCAGGUGAGGAAACUGUCGCCUUCGUCGGUGUCGGUGAUCCAUUACAAAUGUCUAAUGACGAUGGACAUAGGGCCGCUUCAGAAUCGGAGAAUAGGAGUGUUCUCGGGAAGCUGAAUAGUGCUGGUAGUGGCUCUAAGUGCGAAUCUAAGAAUGGAUCAGAAAAUGAAUCGGAUAGCGAUUCUGAGGUUGGAAUUUUCUAUAAGAGAUUGGGGGAGAAGCUGGUGCAUUAUGCUCUCAAAUACGAUAAAAGACAAUUAAGGGAAGAGAAUGAAACGCUCAAGGAGGAGCUGGAUUCCAAGAAGAAAGAGCUUGAAGAGGAGAAAGAGAAGGUGGAAGAGCUCAGUGAGAAGCUGAACGAAGAGAAAGAAAUUUCCUCUGCUGGAAAAGAAGAGUACACACGAAUGAGAGAUGAUUUAGAUAAAUUCAUGGAAGCGUAUAACUCAAAAUACGUUUGGCUCCUCACUGAACUGCGUAAACGUCAGAAACAGCUUGGGGAGAAGAGUUAUACCUCUAAACAAGUUACAGAGCUUAUCGAAGCAGCUUCGAAGGAAAGAAAAGCUGCAGGGAGAGAUCAGACCAAAUAA